GCCAUCCUUUUGCAGGCGAUAUUAGGAACCCUAAUUCUAACCCUAAAAGCGGGGAUCGGUUUCUUGUUUUUCUGGUAAUUUUCAGAAAUUUUUGCAGUUAAUGGUGCACGAAAAAUCUGUGAUUUCUUGAUCUUCAGUUGAGUGUUUGGAGAAGUUAUCGUGGAUAAAUGGUCAGUUACUCUGCAUCUUUUUUCCGCGACUGUUGCACCAAAUAUUUGAUAAGGACAUAAAAGGUAUAUACAAACACUGACGGGGUAUGGGGGAUGAAAAAAGGUACUUGAUAGGGUAUGCUCUUGCCCCAAAGAAGCAGCAGAGUUUUAUACGACUUUCCUUGAUCAACCUUGCAAAAGAAAAGGGUAUCGAUUUAGUCCCUAUAGAUACCAGUAGGCCAUUAGUGGAACAGGGUCCUUUUGCUUGCAUCCUUCACAAAUUAUCUGGCACAGAGUGGGAAAACCAAUUACAGGAUUGCACAUCAAAAUACCCAAAUGUUUGCAUAAUCGAUUCUCCCAAAGCAGUUGAGCGUCUGAACAACCGCAUUUCUAUGCUUCAGGUUGUUUCUGAACUGAAAAUUUCGCAGGGAAUGGAGACCUUUGGCACCCCUAACCAAAUUGUUGUGAAUAACCCCAAGGCUUUCACUGAUUCUGAAACUUUACUUGGGUUGAAGUUCCCUGUUAUUGCAAAACCAUUGGUAGCAGAUGGUAGUGCUAAAUCCCAUAAAAUGUCGCUUGUUUUUAACCCUAAUGGUUUACUCAAGCUAAAGCCGCCAUUGGUUCUUCAAGAGUUUGUUAACCAUGGUGGCGUUAUCUUUAAGAUCUAUGUUGUGGGAGAUUAUGUGAAGUGUGUAAAGAGGAAAUCAUUGCCUGAUGUAUCUGAUGAGAAACUGCAUGGUUCUGAGGGUUUAUUGGCAUUCUCUCAAAUCUCAAACAUGUCCCAAGAUUGCGAGGAGAAUUAUGAUGAGAUCAUGCAUUUGGGAGAUGCAGUGAUGCCACCUCUGAGUUUCAUUGAGGAGAUUGCCAGGGCCAUGCGUCGUGCAAUGGGUUUGAAUCUCUUCAAUUUUGAUGUGAUCAGAGAUGUUAAGUUGGGGAACCAUUAUCUUGUGAUUGAUAUAAACUACUUUCCUGGGUAUGCUAAGAUGCCUUGCUAUGAGGCUGUCUUGACUGAUUUCUUCUUGGAAGUCUGCCAUCAAAGGUUGAAUGCAGUGCCUUCUUCAGCUACAGAAGAUAAAGGUUCAGACAGCUAUGACAGUUUGCCUGGGUUGAAUGGGGAAAAACUACAGAAAUGCAGAGGUGAGUCUUUAUCUGAUGCAGAUAGCUCUGGUGGGGAAGAUGUGAAUGUUUCGAAACCAAGGCAGGAUAAUAAAAGAAUACAGUUCAAUUUGGAAGAAUCUCAUGUUGUACAAUGGACCUGAUCGUUUGUGAUUGACUUGCUGCUCAUUGAGUUGUUGUAAGUUUAGAUUUAACAAAUGGAAUGCUUCCAUGGAAAUAUUCACUGACUUUAUGUGGUAGCUCCCAAGAAGUUUGGGCACUCCUCAUGGUUGACAAGGUGGAUGGAUCCCACUAAAUUUGGUUUCUUUUGAUUUGCUUUGGCCAGUCGCAUUGAAAAAUGGUCAAGGCCUUGGCUUUCUCUGCCUUGUAUGACAUCUUUUGAUGCUUCUCCUAAAUCUUGUAAAUUCUCAUUAUUAUUCCAGAUCUUUUCAUGUAUACAUAACAUUUGGAAAGUUAAGUGUCCAUUUUUGUUUGUCCAA